ACUUAGACCCGGACCCAACAGAUGCUAAUUACCGAGCGCAACUGAGUCUCAGACACUUUUUAAAUUUUAACUCUAUUUUUAUUUGGAAUCUACAUUUUUUUAUGGAGAGAUAUUCGGAAUCUACUUCAUUAUUAUGCAUACAAUCAGAAAUUUAGAAUCAGUCCCAAAAAACAAAAACCAUGUCUAGUUUACUAAGCACUCCUCCACGUCACCGAUUCAUAAGUUUAGUUUAGGCUUUGAAAAAAAUGAAAUGGCGCGCUCAUUUUUAGGAAGCUAAUUUCUAUGUUUCUUUGUUUCCUAUGAAACCUUUUCAUAGAGCAAAUGCGCUUCAAACCUUCGCUUCUUUAGGAGCCUCUCAAUCUCCAAAGCUACCUCUCAAUGAUGUCCAUCGUUUUAUCGAUGCCCGUAUCAUCAAAACGGGCUUCAAUCCACAAACAUGCCGUUUUAACUUCCGGGUCAACGAUUUUCUCCAAAGAGGUGAAUUGUCCCACGCACGUCAACUGUUUGAUCAAAUGCCUCAGAAGAAUACAAUCUCGACGAACAUGAUGAUUUCCGGUUAUGUGAAAUCGGGCAAUCUUUCUUAUGCUAGAGAGUUGUUUGACGCCAUGGUUGAACGUACAGCAGUGACUUGGACAAUCUUGAUAGGUGGGUAUUCGCAAUCUAAUCAAUUUCGAGAAGCUUUUAAGCUUUUUGCGGCGAUGUGUAGGUGGGGGACCGAACCGGAUUAUAUAACUUUUGCGACUCUCUUAUCUGGAUGCAGUGACUCAGAGACCGCGAAUGAAGUUGUUCAAGUCCAUGCCCAUAUUGUUAAAUUGGGAUUUGAUUCGACUCUCAUGGUUUGCAAUUCCUUGGUUGAUGCUUACUGCAAAAUACGUUGCCUAGAUUUAGCUUGUCAGCUUUUUCAGGAAAUGCCUGAAAGAGAUUGCGUCACUUUGAAUGCGAUGAUAACAGGGUUCUCAAGAGAUGGGAUGAAUGAAGACGCAAUAAAGCUUUUUAUGCAUAUGCAGCGUUUUGGUUUCAAGCCUUCAGAGUUUACUUUUGCCGCGGUUCUAUGUGCUGGGAUUGGAUUAGAUGACAUAGUAUUUGGGCAGCAAAUUCACUCUUUUGUGCUGAAGACCAACUUUGUUUGGAAUGUGUUUGUGGGGAAUGCUUUGCUCGAUUUCUACUCAAAGCACAGUCGUGUGCUUGAAGCAAGGAAAUUUUUUGAUGAGAUGCCAGAGUUGGAUGGCGUAUCAUACAAUGUAAUCAUCUCGGGUUACGCAUGGGAUGGGCAAAUCAAAGAGUCUCUUGAUCUUUUCCGGGAAUUACAGUAUACCAGAUUUGAUCGCAGGCAAUUCCCUCUUGCAACCUUGUUGAGCAUUGCAGCCAAUACAUUGGACUUGGAAAUGGGUCGACAAAUUCAUUCCCAAGCUAUUGUGUCAACAGCUGAUUCAGAAGUUCUGGUUGGAAAUUCUUUGGUUGACGUGUAUGCCAAAUGUGGCAGAUUUGAGGAAGCGAAAAAGAUAUUUGCAAAUUUAGCCCACAAAAGCACAGUUCCAUGGACUGCGAUGAUCUCAGGUUAUGUUCAGAAGGGACUCCAUGAAGAAAGCCUAAAACUGUUCAAUGAGAUGCGUAGAACCAAUGUAAGUGCUGACCAGGCAACUUUUGCUAGCAUCUUGAGGGCUUCUGCAAAUUUAGCCUCCCUCUCACUAGGGAAACAGUUACAUUCAUUUGUAAUCAGAUCAGGAUUUAUGUCAAAUGUAUUUUCUGGAAGUGCACUCGUAGAUAUGUAUGCAAAAUGUGGGUCAUUAAAAGAUGCACUUCAAAGUUUUCAAGAAAUGCCUGAAAGGAACCCAGUCUCUUGGAAUGCCCUAAUCUCAGCUUAUGCACAGAAUGGAGAUGGUGCAGGCACUCUUAUGUCUUUUGAACAAAUGGUCCAGUCAGGUUUUCAACCAGAUUCAGUUAGCUUUCUUAGUGUCUUAACUGCUUGCAGCCAUUGUGGGCACAUUGACAAAGCAUUGCAAUACUUCAACUCCAUGACUCAAGUUUAUAAACUUGUUCCCAAAAAAGAACACUAUGCGUCAUUGGUUGAUGUGUUGUGUCGGAGUGGACGGUUUGAUGAAGCAAAGAAGUUGAUGGCUCAAAUGCCAUUUGAACCUGAUGAGAUUAUGUGGUCAUCAGUUCUAAAUUCAUGUAGAAUUCAUAAAAAUCAAGAAUUGGCUAAGAAAGCAGCAGACCAACUUUUCAGUAUGGAAGAGCUUAGGGAUGCUGCUCCUUAUGUCAAUAUGUCCAAUAUUUAUGCAGCAGUAGGCCAGUGGGACAAUGUUGGGAAGGUAAAGAAGGCAAUGAGGGAUAGAGGACUUAAAAAGGUCCCUGCUUAUAGCUGGGUUGAAAUUGAACAUAAGAAUCAUGUCUUCUCAGCAAAUGACAAAUCCCACCCGCAAAUGGGGGAUAUCAUGAGAAAGAUUGAUAUGCUGGUGAAGCAAAUGGAAAAGGAAGGAUACAAGCCAGACACAGGUUGUGCCCUUCACAAUGUAGACGAGGAGAUCAAAGCUGAGUCUCUUAAAUAUCACAGUGAACGCUUAGCAAUUGCAUAUGCUCUGAUCAGUACACCAGAAGGGUCACCUAUACUUGUGAUGAAGAAUCUAAGAGCUUGCACAGACUGCCAUGCUGCAAUCAAGGUGAUCUCAAGGAUUGUCUCAAGGGAAAUCACAGUCAGGGAUUCAAGCAGAUUCCAUCAUUUUAGAGAUGGUUUUUGCUCUUGUGGGGACUAUUGGUGACCUUUAUAAACCCCAAAUGGGUGGAUUAUAAUGUGUCUUAAUUUCUGUUGCAGUUAAGAUUUGAUUCCCUCUUUUUUCCUCGAAUUGAUUUCCAAGAUAGAGCUAAGCGACUAAAUGACAAGAGUCUUGAGAUUGUUUGAUGGGGUUCAAGGCCCUUGGUUCAUCUUCACAGGAUGGGCGUGUCAAUGCUCUAUACUCUACCCCAUCCAUAUAUACUGAUGCAAAGUUGCUACAUAUGAAUCCUAGCCAAUCAAGACUGAUGACUUUUUCCUUGCCUGUGGACAAGGAACUACUAUUUUAGGGCGUGCUUAGGUCAAAGUCCAACCGAGACACCCAAGUAUUUGCUUGCAUUUUCAGUGCCUGUAUGUACCACCACUUGGUUUCAGCACAUACACUAUUUCAAGUGCCAAAAAGCCAGUUGUAGGUACGGGUUCAACCAGAUCAUCUGUACACAGGUUUCAGAGUAGUAAAAAAAUACUGUUGAAGUUGGUCAAGGAAACUUAAAGCUUACUAUUUCCACCACUCAAGGAAAGAUGAUAAAUUUUGUUAAUAGCAGAAGCUUGGUUGAGGAAUCAGUUGAACAAUCUUACAGUUAUUACUCUGGAUAUAAUGGAAGUGACAGAUCCUCAGAUUUUUGGGGCAUAUGUCUUCCGUCCAAUGGCAAAUUUCCCAUAAAGCAUGAAGAACAGGUUGCUUUGACUGUUCUACACGGACCGAUAGUAGAGGAAGUACAUCAACAAAUCAAUCUGUGGAUAUAUCAGGUAAUGCAGAUCAUCCAAAUGCCUAUUGGACUGGUUACUUUACAAGUAGGCCAGCGUUUAAAGGUUAUUUCAGGAUGAUGAGUGGUUAUUAUCUGGCAGCAAGGCAAUUGGAGUUCUUCAAAGGCAGGAAGAAUUCUGGGGCCAAACACUGAUGCACUAGCCAAUGCUCUGGCAAUUUCUCAACAUCAUGAUGCAGUUUGUGGUACAGAAAGAGAGCAUGUUGCUGCUGAUUAUGCAAAAUGAUUGUCGAUGGGCUAUGCAGAGGUUGUUGUUGUUUAUAAUCCCUUAGGAUGGAAGAGGGAGGAAGUAAUACGAAUUCCUCGCAGAUGGCAGGGCGGAGCAAGAGUUGUUGUUUGAAAGGACUCAGCUUUGGCCAGUCCGCGUGAAGCGUGAAACCAAUCCGCGUGAAGCAUGGAUGUCCAUUCACAUUACCUAGUAAAGGAGACUGGAGGUUUUUUUCUCUCAGAACUCGUUUUAGGAAUAAUGCAGCAUGCGCCCUUGCUAUGUAUCUCUACCCCAGUCAGAAACCAAUCCACUCCGGCCACACAUUUAAGCCCACACCAAAAGCAAAAGCAAAAGCAAAUCCAAAGCCGAAACCAUGGAAGAUGGCUGGGAGCAGCUCUUUGACAAGAGCUUCACCAACAGAGACAGGAGCACUCUGAAAAUGAAAGGUUACAUUGACGAAAGGUUUCUAGCUGCUUUAUAACCGAACACUCCAAACAUCCUCAACGUCCCCCUCUUCCUCGCAGAGGGCAAACUCUAUGGCGAAGACGGCCGGUUAGAAAUAAAGGAUACCACCGUUUGUUUAACCAUCCGCGCAGCUUAGCGUAUGAUGUUCUCAAAACUCCACGUUCCACGAUCGUGUGGUACCGUGUAGUUAACCGGACAUUGCAGCUGAAAAUCACACAGACUGUCACCCUAGACAGGGAUGACAGUGUCGGUAAUUCAGCAACGAUGGUUAUAACGCCGUUCAAAAGAAUUACUGAAACAGACAUAAAAGAGAAAAGAAAGUGCGUUUUAAUGCCGGCCUGAACGAAUUCUUGGGUCUUUGUCGUGAUGGUGGUGAAGUUGCCUGAAAAUGUUCGUUCAAGCCGGCAUUAAAACGCACUUUUUUCUCUUUUAUGUCUGUUUCGGUAAUUCUUUUGAACGGCGUUAUAACCAUUGUUGCAGAAUUACCGACACUGUCAUCCCUGUCUGGGGUGACAGUCUGUGUGAUUUUCAGCUGCAAAGUCCCGUCAACUACACGGUACCACACGAUCGUGGAACGUGGAGUUUUGAGUACAUCAUACGCUAAGCUGCACAGGAUGGUUAAACAAACGCUAAGCUGCACGGGAUGGUUAAACAAACGGUGGGGUGUUUUCUCUUUUAUGUCUGUUUGCUCACUCCUGGGGAGUGGAUUAUUACUGAAUAUAGUCAUGUUGAAAAGGAUAUAUACUCAUUUUGACUGGAAUGUCAGGCUCUCUUCACUCAGGCUCCGGGCCUUUUGCGAUCCGGUCAGGAUAUAUCACUUAGCGGCCAUUGGUAGCCUCGCACUGCUUGUUUCGAGUUCGGACCACCACUCUCACGCUGAAGUUGGGGUUGCUGUUGCUGUUUCUCUGUUUGCAAGAAUCUGUUGCUGUUUGGUAGAACUUUAUUUAGGACCUGCAAAUCUUUUAUUUUAUAUGGGUUGUAUGGAACUUAAUACUUUUUAUUAUGUCAUGUGUUUUAUGUUUUCUUAAUUAUAUGCAUUUGGUGACCCAUGUAUAUUGGGCUGAUGAUCGAGGAAGGAGCCUAUUAAGUUCUGGGUUAAGGUUUCUUAAAUUGUAUGGAAAGUAAAGAGGAAUAUCUAGAAAUGCUCUGCUUUCAAGUUUAGUAUGAAGGGAUUUUUUUUUUUUUUUUUUUUUUAAAAUAAAUUUCGGGGGUAUGAAGGUUCACAUUUUAGCUUGAGAACAUACAAGGACCUAAUUUUUUAGAAGCAAUUAAAACUACCAAGUUUUGAAGAAGUGCUUUCUAAACACACUUCUUUUUCCUUUUGGGGGUGGAAAGGAAAAUUACUUCACCAAUAAGAAUCAAGAAGUGAUUUUGACUAAUUUUAUCUUCAAUGGAAUAGGGUUGAGUUCAUUUAUUUUCAUAUGGACCAGAAGAGCAGGUAAGUACGACAUUAAACAAUGGGAAAGUAGUGAAAAUGUUCAUUGAUGAUUUUCCGUCGCUGAUUAUUAUUUGAAUCGGUUUUUGAGUGCAAAACCACGUUGCACAAACUGAUUGGAUCCGAUCAAUUAUUCAGAUAAUACAGAGAACGUCGGCUUAUUUACACUAGACCCGCAUCCACUAGACAUGCAAGUAUGCAACCUUACUAUGGGUCUUUGACAUGCAUAAGAGCAUUCUCAUCAUCACUCUCAAAUGCUAUAAAUACUAAAUUUUAGCAUUAAAAGAUAAAAAGGCAUACUCCAUCAAUGGCAUUAAUUUUGCAAUCCACUUUCCUCUCACAUGCUUUCCUUUUCGCGUUUAUCUCCUUUUUAUUUUA